CACUUAGAAUACAAAGAAUCACAACACACACCCCACCUUAUCCAAAGGAGACAGCCAAAAAUCAAUAGUCACAAAAAUCACAUACCAAAAAAGAAAAAAGAAGUUAAGCAAACAAAAAAACACCCCAUCCAAAAUUUUGUAGAAUGGAGAGGAGAGAUGAGCAACUUUACAACCACCACCACCACAAAUUCAACCAAAGCCACCAUCUUGGCUGCCAAUACACUUUUUCUUGCCAUUCCCGGCCGCUUUCGGUGCCAGAAAAAUUUUCUCUCGGCGCAACAUAUCAAGACUACUCACCGCACAUUUCCACUAUUACAUGUUACGAAUGAUGCAAACAAGACAGAGGUGUCCCUUGAUCCAACGAUUGGAAGAUCAGAGGUGGAUAAAUUAAUGGAUGGGAUGGAUUUUGGAGAACUUUGCAAUGAAUUUGAGUGCAUUAGUAGCCCAUUAGUUGAAUCCACUGCUAGACAACUUGUCCGCGAUAUAUUACAACUAAGGGAAGGUAAUCGUGCACUUGGUACUUUUGCUACUUCUGUUAAGUACAAGGAUCCAGUUAGAAGCUUUACUGGACGAGAGAAAUACAAAAGGCCACUAUGGGUAACUGAUGCACUUGAGAACACCAAAGUGGCAGUGCAAGAAAUGGUGAUGUUGUCAACUAGUGUCCUAAACAUCAAGUGGACUAUCAAAGGAAAGCCAAAAUCAAUCUUAGCUAGCAUAGGGGGAGAUUUGUUCAUUAAGGUGAACUCUAAGUUCACCUUAAACCAAAUUAGCGGCCAAGUAAUCGAGCACGAGGAAUCCUGGGAUUUAUCUGCAUCAUCUCCGGUAGCGCAAGCAUACUUCUGGGCAUCGCGCCGCCUCUUCGCUACAAAAGAAGCUGGCAAGGAUGUGGUUGAUUCCAUCAAGGACCUCGGUAACAAGAUUUCCACCCCAAAGGAAAACAUUGAAGUGUACCCUGACCCUUCUGGUGAUCCUACUAAGUUCUUCCAAAGAGAUGACGCCGACCAAAGAGACUUGUACCAGAUUGCAUUAUUCCUUGCAAUUGUUUACUUCGUUGUACAAUUCUUGAAGACAACUUUGUAAAAAACCACUUGCUCAGAUUGCUUUUUAUGUUUCUUUUUUUUCAGCAAGGAAAAUAGUUGUAUAAAAAUAUGUAUUUCCAAUUUUCAAAAAUCAAUUGUCAUUUACUUUUCUAUGUAA